AUGGACUGGCAACCUCAUAGAGGAACAGGGAUCACCCUGACCCCUGCUGCUGAUCAUGGGUGCCCCGCUCCCUAUGGCCUCCAUGGAACUGAAUGUGGGAGAGUGGUACAGUGGCCUUUGGAGAGCACUGGAGAUGCAGGCUGAAUGCACACUAUACCUUGAAAGCACAUUCAAAGCACAUUCUUUCCCCUCAGUGUAAUCUAGGACUGGACUGGAGCCUUUUUCUCUUGGAAAGGCUAAAUAGAUUUGCCUGGCUUAACACUUAGAGGUUAAGGGACUAUUAUACUAGAGGCAAAUAAAGAAAGUCCCUUGAGAAGAGGGGGGCAAUGAAUCCAUAUUCCUUUGUAGCAGGUGCUAUGGUGCAUUUGCUUAAGUCAUCUGGAUUUCUAUUCACAAACUAUUUGUCCUGUGGAGAACUAAUGGCAUCAUGUUUCAUAUACUUUGCAUGCACCUGUUUUUACGCCUCUAUAAUGCAGACUGUCUUCACAUGUAAUGCUAUAUAUAAUAUGGAAUUUAUAGGAUAAUUUACUGGAGGUGAUUCCAUAUAUUAUUUAUUUAUUUAUUUCAACAAACUAUUAUAAAGUCAAUAAAUAAAAUAAUAAUUAUUAUUAUAAUAAUAUUGACUUUAUAGUAUAGAUGCUGCUGCUGGGUGUUGGCUAGCUAGAAGUGACUCAUGACUGAGUCUUCUUGGUAGUGGUUCUCCACUUCUUGAAUGCCCUCCCUGUUGAAAUAUACAUUUAUUAAGAAACCAGAAGCAUUUUUACUAGGUAUUACAGGGAAUGAGAUAAACAAGAAAGAGAAGAAGUUAUUUUUAUACGCAGUGACAGCAGCAAGAAUAUUGAUGGCCCAGAAAUGGAAACAAGAGGAGCUGCCUACGACAGAAGAAUGGAGAACCAAAAUGCUGGACUAUGCGGAAUUGGACAUAAUGACAGGAAGGAUCCGGAAUCGACGAGAUCAAAGAUUUACAGAAGAUUGGGAGAAGUUUAUUCAAUAUUUGCAAAAACUAAGUGAUAACCAGAUUACGUUUGUAAGCUUUAAGGAAGAAGAGGAGUUUGGAUUUGAUAUCCCGCCUUUCACUCCCCUUCAGGAGUCUCAAAGCGGCUAACAUUCUCCUUUCCCUUCCUCCCCCACAACAAACACUCUGUGAGGUGAAAAUCUAUAAUAAGUAUAAAUAAUGAAUUGAAACUAAUAGUAUAAAUAACAAUAGGUAGGAAUGUGUUAAAAGUUACAAAAUGAAGGAAGUUCAGACAAAUUGAGGGAAGUCAAAAAAUGGAAUUAAGAGGUAACUAAGAACUUUGAAUGUACAAUUUUGUUGGGGUUUUUUUGUAUUUGUAAACCAAUAAAAAUAUAAAUUAUUGAAUGCCCUCCCUGGUGAGGUGCAUCUAUCUCUAAGUUUAGAGUUUAUUUCUCUCUAAGUUUAUCUCUUUCUAAGUUUAGAAAGACUUCUCUUUCACACAGGGAUUUGAUGGCUGAAAUAUAAUGUUUCUGACAAUCAUGAACUUAUUUUAGCUGUGAGAACAUGAGAUCAUUUUUAAAAAUGUAUUUUUUUAAAAUGCUGUUUGCGAGACUCAGUUCCAUUGCACUUGGUGGGGUACAUUUCUGAACAAAUAUGCACAGGAUGGGACUGUAAAUGCUGCAGGGCGCUGCAUGAACUUAAGUCAAUACAGUAGCACUUUAACAUUCUAUGACGCAAAGAAGAUUGAAAACUUGCUUUUAAUAUUAUUUGCAAUAGUACAGAAAUAAAGAAAUAGCUUUUGUUUUGGGAAGGAGAUGGGAGAAACAGCACAAUGGCAAAUUGGAGCCUGCUCUGGCAGGAUGAAAAUGUUAUGACCAUGUUUUAUGAGAAUUAUAGAAUCAUAUGUAGAGUUGGAAGGAACCCUGAGGGUCAUCUAGAGCAACCCCCUGCAAUGCAGGAAUCUCAACUAAGGCAUCUGUGACAGAUGGUCAUCCAGCCUCCACAAAAAAAUCCUCUAAGGAAAGAUAGUCCACCACCACUUGAGGGAGUCUGUUCCACUGUUCUUACUGUCAGAAAGUUUUUGCUGUUUAGUUGGAAUCUCCUUUCUUGUACAGUGGUACCUCGGGUUACAUACGCUUCAUGUUACAGACUCCGCUAACCCAGAAAUAGUGCUUCAGGUUAAGAACUUUGCUUCAGGAUGAGAACAGAAAUCAGGCUCUGACGGCGCAGCAGCAGCGGCAGCAAGAGGCCCCAUUAGCUAAAGUGGUGCUUCAGGUUAAGAACAGUUUCAGGUUAAGUACGGACCUCCAGAACGAAUUAAGAACUUAACCUGAGAUACCACUGUAACUUGAAUCCAUUGGUAUGGGUCCUACCUCCAGAGCAGAAGAAAGCAAGCUUGCUCCAUCUUACAUGUGACAACCCUUUAGAUAUUUGAAGGUGGCUAUCAUAUCUCCUCUCACUUUCCUCUUUCCCAGACUAAACAUACCCAACUCCCUCAACAGAUCCUCAUAAGGCUUGCUUUUCAGACCCUUGAUCUUCUUGGUUGCCCUCCUCUGCCUGAAUUCUAGCUUGUCAAUAUCCUUUUUAAAUUGUGUAGUCCACAACUGGACACAGUAUUCCAGGUGUGGAUCCGGCCAUUUCCAAUGUCCAUUUAUUCCUUUAUGUAGAGACUAGCCAGUUUGUUAUAUGCAGACCGCAGAAGGUAAUUUCUGGCAGGUAUUGGUGUAUAUUAGACAGAAUCUGUACCUGCUGAUGUCCAGAUUAAUAUCUGGAAAUUUCACAAAAUCACCAUCGCUAUUGAGCAGGCAAAUAACUUAGUCUACAAUUUAUUAUUAUUAUACUACCCUAUACCCGCAGGGAUAUAUGAUUAAUUGCCAAACAUUAAAUUUAAUUAUGAAGGACUAGUAACUUGAUACUUUUUACCCAGUAUAUAUUUUCCAGUUUAUGAACAUAAAAGUAUAGAUGCCAAUGUCGAAUACAAAUAAUAAUAAUCAUAGAAUCUCUAAGUAGCUGAAAGGAAAUCCAUGCUCUAAAAAUACAUCUUCUAUAAACAGGGAUUUUUUUCCCUCCGCAGCGGUCCCAGAACGAGAGAAGUAGCCUGCCGGGUCUUGCGGCUCACCAUGUGAGAUCCACCCCUCAAGGAAACCCCUCGUUUCGAUGGUCAGCAAACAGCUCCUGUUUCAGUCCCUAAAACUAGCCGCCGUUCGCUGUGCACAGAUGGUUUGGAGAGAAGGGCGGAAGUACAGCGUCACCCUUCACCCCACCCUAACCUACCACAGCUAAAGCCCUGAAAUGUGAGGCGAACGUAGCCAAUCCAGUGCAAGUUUAUUUAACUGCACCUGAAGCCACACGUAUGAUACUGUGGAGUAAAGCGGGUUAUUUUGCCAUCAACAAGGAUGGCGGCUAUAGAGAUGUUUGGGGGAAUGGCGUGAAGGGUUGCCUGGGAGCAUUCUCCAGCUGGCGGGGAAAGGCCCCAGGAUUUGCUGGGGACCCCAGAGACAAAAGAAAGGGGAUAUUAAACCCGUUCUGGUAAGUAACCUACCGCUCCCUUCAGGAAGGGUGGAAAAAGGGGUCGCUCCUUGAGACCCAAGUUUCUGCCCUUAGUCCUGAGGCGGCUUGUUUUUAAUAUAUCCCCACGCCUUCCCCCCUACUCUGAGGAUUUAGCGAGGCAUUGGGAUAAGGAGGCAUUUCAAAGCUGCUGUUUUGGGGGGAGGGACGGGGAGAGAAGUGCCGAUUUAUCAGCUUUGCAGCUCUUGUCAACACGCGUCGCCUUCUCACGAUCUGUGAGGUGGAGGCCACCUCUGCAAGGCUGUGAACUUUUCAACCUAUUCCGGGGUGUUUCAGUGGAUGUCUCGAGUCAGGGUAGCCAGACCCUGCAGGAGAGCAACCAGGCGCCUUCCAGUAGGAAGUUUCUGCACGACGCCAGUUCCUUGCAGCUGCAAACGCUUGCAAAUCUUGCAACCCACGCAAGCUCCCUCCCUCUCUGCCUUCCUCCCCGGCUUGCUGGUGGAACUCGGGAGUCAUAUUACUAUCUCUGACUGACAAGCCGUUACUUGCCCAUUGCUGCUUAAUUCAGUCCGUGUAAAUGCGUCCUGCUUAGUGCCAGUGUAGGCAGACGACGCUGACUGCAGUGUUAGCAGGUCCAUGCCGUGCUUCCCGCGCGGUGAGGGCCCUGACACGUGUUAAGGAGUUUCUAGGAACGUUCUGCACUUUGCCCGGUGUAUUGCAUAAUCGUAUAACCCAGCGCAAGAGACGUUAGAAGUAACCAGGCAGUCCCCCACGUUGCUAUGUUACAACAGCAUAACGAGGAGAACAUUACUGCAGCAUAUCUAAACGAGACGCUCGGUACUCAUCCUUUCAACUACUCUUCUCCACAUCGUUACUUUCCUAACCAGGUGCCCUCCAGACGUUGGCAUACAACAACAUGGCCACUGGUUGGGGAUGAUGGGAGUUGUAGUCCAACAACAGCUGGAGGGUGCCUGGUUGGGAGAGGUCGCUUUACCACGAUGCAAGUGUGCCCCUCCCCAUGCACUUUGUGGAAGUUUCCUCUGAUGGUCAGCUGAUUUUUAAAGCUUUCUUUUUAAAUUCAAGAAAAAGCCUGUUUUUAAUUAAUGGACCAAUUUAGGUAAAUAUUUCAGUAUCACCUUAUCACUGAUCAUAUGUCGUCUUUUGACUAAAUAAUGCAGAAAACGAAUCCCUCAAAUUCACCUUUUAAGGUAUUAGCAGAGUCCAUUGUUUGCAACAAUGUAAUUGGUACUAAACCUUCCCACUCAUCUCCAUAGGGGUUUGCUUAGUAGUCAGAUUUUUAAAACUACUGUACUGUAUCGUUAAUUGGAUUGAUUAGUGCUCCUGUGCCUAAAUGACUACAUUGCUGGUUACAAGCCAUAGCGGUUUGGGUUGUAAACAAAAUUAAAUACCAGCCGUGCAAUCCCACGUAUGUCUAUGCAGGAGUAAGGCCCAUUUAGUUCACUGUAACUUGAUUUUUUUCUAGUUUGGUGCCCUGUUGACUGGGGUGAGAUUUCAGGCUGGUGAGAUCUACUUUUAAUCUUGUUAGAACACUAAGAUCUACCAACCAGAGCUUGGUGUAAAAGAAAUACACUUGGCCAAAAGUAAUCAUGGGCCUAGGAAUUUGUUUUGAGUACUGGAAUUGCCCUUAGCUUUCUUAAUUUUACUGGGGAGUCAUUUAGUUUCUGCUUUAUUAAACAAUGCCAUGUCUAUGUUUGGUGGCUCAGUGGUGGAAAGGGUAUGCUAGCUUUAGUGGAGAUAUUCUCUAGCUACACCCAAAACAUUUUUCUCCUUCCAAUAACCAAUGUGGAGUCUGCAUAAAUUAUAUAAUGCGAUUUGGAUGGGAUCAUUUAGAUAAUUUUCUUUUAGAGUUUUUUUCUCAUAGAAAACAAUGACUUCGAAAUGUCACAGAAAAUGCACCUGCAGAGACUAUAUAUGUUGCUUCCUUUGCAUCAUAUGUGUAAAACAAUAGAGGAACUAGUCAGCUCUUACGCCGGAAAUGAUCUUAUAGAGGUGCUUAAAUUUAGGGAGCUCAUGUCAGCCAAUGAGCAGGUUUUAUUUCUUUAUUCCAUUUGUAUCCUACCCUUCCUGCAAAGAGCUCACGAUUGUGCCUUGAUGCUGCAGUCUUGUGUUUGCUUCCAGAGAACAGGCCUUUUGAAUGCAAUGAAUAUUAGUUCUGUGGAAUCAUAUGUAGGAUUGUGCUGGAUCUGUCACAAUAACCCUGUUUUGUAGGUUAGGAUGGGGGAGUUUGACUUUUGCAACAUUUGACCAGUGAACAUCAUAGCUCAUGGGAGAAUUUCCCCCUUCCAAACCCAGAUUAUUCUACACUAUUAUAGCCUGAAUUUGCUAGCAGACUUUGCUGCUUUUUGUGAUAAUUCCAGACAUCACUAUGCCAGCAUGGUAGGUAUGUGAUCCCUCAAACCACCCAAGAUGAGACUAGACUGUUAAUGGCCUGAAUUUGCUAACAUACUUUGUCGCUUCCAUGUAAUAAUUCCAUAUAUAGGUUUGGGUGCAGAUCUAGGGCCACAUCCACACCACGUAUUUAAAACACAUGGCUUACUGAAAAGAACUCUGGGAGCAGUAGUUUAGUCCUGACAGAGCUACAAUUCCCAGCACUCUUAACAAACUACAGUUCCCAAGAUUCUUUGUGGGAAGCCAUGUGCUUUAAGUGUGCUUUAUAUGUAUGGUUUGGAUGUGACCCUGGACCUUUUGAAACCAAUGGAAGGGACGUACUGAGGGAUGGCAGGGGUAACGGGCAUGCAGAGUGCCCACCCAAAAUAAGCCCUAGUCUUUUGCUCCAAAGGUGAAGAAUGUGGUUGGCUGCUUUGGUUCUGGGUGGUGCUCAGAACAAGCACCUGCCUACCCCCAAUAUCAAAGCAAACCCAAGCCCUGCUGGCCCUUUGGGCACUGUAUCGCUGAACCCCUUUGAAGAGCCUCAGCAGCUCAGUGCCGAACAGGUCUCUCCUCUGCUUCUCAACUCUUGAGUUUAAAGCUGGAGAGAGGAGCUGUGGUCAUCCCCACAGUUGCACUGGGCUUCCACGACUCCACAGAAGAUCCCAUCUCCCUCCAGCUGCAAAACUGGGAGGGGAAAUUGUCCUGUGGGAGAUCUGGGACAAAGUCAUGCGACAAGGAUAGGAUCUUGGUGUCCAAAGGUUUUAGCUUAUUCAACAAAGGCAGUCUGAAUUUUUUGAACUUUGCAUAUUCCCUAUGUGUUUUUUAUAAUGUCCGAAAGAGAGUUGUUGUAGUUUCUUUAUUUCUGACAAACUUGAAAUCCUUUAUUUCCCCCCCGCCCCCUUGAAUGAAACUGUAGGUAGCACUUCUAACUCGAUUAAAUUUGCUUGUGCAACCAGGAACAAUAUAAAUUUUGCUUUGGCGCUGGAUGUGGCCAGGCAUUGUACUGAUAGAAUGGUGAAUGCAUACAAUGGCUGCAGCUUUUUAAAAACGUUUUCUUUAUAAAAGAUCUAGGAGAAUGCACAUGUAAGCAAAUAUAUCCCAUAGAGCCUUGAGGAGUAGCUGGUUAAAGGCAAACCAGGUUGUGAAAACGAUAUCUGAACAAAGCAAUGUAUCGGAGAGUGUAGGUAAGCGCUAAGGGUGUCAUUAUGUAGCUUCCUUUUAGAUGGGCAGGGUAUAAAUAAAUAAUUAUUAUUAUUAUUAUUAUACUUAACCAAUUGCUGUUGGGUAGCUUAAGGCUGUGUAGAGGAGGCCUUUGGCCAGAAGCUGAGAAAUGGGGAUCACUGCUUGUUCUUUGCUUUUGAGGUGAGAGGUAAAGUUUCGGGUGUUAUAGUUUGAAUGUUGAUGGUCAGGAGGCAUGGUUUGCUUUUAAGAUCACAUUACAGCUUGCUGCCAGAGACAGAAUGUCUCACUGCAGUGCAGUCCAUAUUCCUGUCUUGCACAGCUGUCUUGCCUCUUGACCUUCUCUAUCAAGUGGCACAGAAUUGAGCUUCUAUUGCUAAGAGCUAAGAUUUUUAUUUUAUUUUUGCAGGGUGGGUGGGAGUAUUUUUGUUUUGAUCUUGCUUCAGGCAUUUUCUGCUUUUUUGACAGUCAUUUUGAAGCUAUAUGUUUCCAAAUUUGGCUAUUUCAGAGUGCAAUUGUUAAUAGUUUUUAAAGCAACAACAGACCACCAACCAGAGCAUCUUAUUUCCCAUUCUGCUACAGGUAUUUGUGUGUUUAAAGGCAGAGCAUGAAAUAUUUCAGCAAGAUUUGUGCUACAGCUUCCUUUCAUUCUGCAGCUGCCAUCAUCUGCUGUGCUCUGAAAACAUCUCCUUGUAGCAUUCUAUUCCUGAACUGGGCUGACAGGGCAAGAUUAAGCUAGUGAGAAUCCUUUCCAUCCUGGGCUUCAGAUAAUGGAAAUCAGGGACACAGUUCAAACUGAAGGCAAAUUCUGAGGUUGUGCCAGACUGAAAGCAUAUAGCUCAAAGGAAUUUCUAGGGGAUGACUGAGGGCUCUACCUGUUUAGCUAGCAAGAUGUGCUGAAUAUGGUCAAUGCUGUGUGUACUUCACACUAAAUGAAAUUGCACCACAAAGAGCUAAAUUCUGCACCCUUGAUAUAUUAUAUGCCAAUUUGCACAUACCUAUAUACUGAUUUUUUAUAAUUUACUCUGCUUUUGUAUAAUUUAUUCUGCAAAGGAUUAUGCGCUGCUGCCUUGCUCCCUAAACACUAGAAAUCCCGCUUAGAACUCUCCUGUUUUCAAGAACAAAUCAGUGUUACAGCUCAUCAGUAACAAUUAUAUUUUUCUCUUUUGGGUUCCUGGAUUGUGGUGAUACUGUUGAUGCUAUUAGGAUUCCUACUUGAGUACUUUAUGCAUAUUUCUAUUUUAAUGUUUUGCAUUAAGUAUAUGAUAUACAUGUAUUUUGGUUUUCUUCAUUUUCUGUGUUGCAUUUGGUGGUGUCUAGCUGGAAAAAAACCACUUUAUGUUUCUAAAUAAAAUGAUGUGUUUGAGUGUGCAAAGUCAAGCUAAAUUACCGUAGAUUCCCCCCAAUGCAUGUGGAAAUACAGACCAGUCUUAUUACUGAAAACAAUUCAGUUGCUUUCAAAGAUUGAUUAGAUUUUAACCUUGACUUUAGGAGCUGGUAGAAGACCUGAGUCAGACUCUAAUAUCUAGCAAGUCUACAACUGUGGCACAGACUAUGAUUGGAAUUUGACCCACAGGUCACAAAACGCUUGUUGGGAGAAACAGCUUGCCAGCUAGGCUCUGUUAAUUCCAGCUAUGCUAAGAUUUUCUUUACUGAUGAUCUAGCACCUCUCUUUAGACACUCUAGCCAGUAGACGGAUCUGGCUUGUGCUUGACUCUGUAGUGUAACCACCUUGUCAAAGCAGAUUUGAUGUGUUGUUUCAGAUAGCGGGAGAGUCAUGACUACAGGCUCCAUUGGAGAUUAUCUGGGCAGAGACCUGGUCAGAGAUAAAAAUAACAAGACAAAUAGCUAUUAGUGACAGGCAGCCUCUAUCACAAGCCUCCUGGCUGGCAUUUGAGCAUGCCAUCUCUGCAGCACCUGAUGAAAUCUGGCUUCUUACUUAGAGGCUGAGCUUGGCAGUUCUCUUGGACGUGUCAAGAAAAUGCAUUCAGUGCCAAGGCAAUAAUCAUGUUAUGCCUUACAGGGGAUUUCAUUUUGCCCGUGGUACUGGCCUUUUCAGUAGUUAAUACAGAUGGACCCUAUUUAGUGGUGGGGUGGAAGAGUUGCAGAAGAUUAUAUGCAGUUAGAGCCAUCUUCUGUUUUCUCAUCUGUCUAGAUCAGUUGUGAUCUUGAAUUCUCCAAAGUGCUUUACUUUAAGAGAGAGUGAAGGUAAAAGAGUGACAUUUAACCCCUUUUGUUUCUGUAGAUGUUAUCACUAAGGCACGCUAAUUGA